AUGAGUGCCACAAACGACCUGUUCGGUCUCGACACCCAAAAUACGCAACCGGUGGUCUCCAUCUCAGCUUCACAGUCGCUGAAUGCUUCUGAAUUCUCCAGAGAACCUGUGUCCACAGGACUGGCGCGUUUGGAUCGGGCGUUGGAUGGCGCGUCUCAAGAUCUUCAACGAUCCGGCGGGAUCUUGCGUGGACAGGUGACAGAAGUCUUCGGGCCACCGGGAGUAGGGAAGACCGCAUUAGCAUUGAACAUUGCAUCUAAUGCCCUUCGCGAAGGAGGAAAAGUUAUCUGGAUUGAUACAAGCUCACCUAUUCCCACUCCACGUCUCCAAGCAUUGACUCCAACACUGAAUCUGGACAACUUAAUCUACUUUCGCACAACAACACUCCCACAUCUCCUCGCACUACUAUGCACUCCACCAAAAGACUUCCCACCGCCAGAGACAUCUCUACUAAUAAUUGACUCCGUCUCCUCAUUAUUUCCAUCAUAUUUCCCCAACGCAGCAGAGUUAAAAGAGCGCCAAACACAAGGUAAAAUCACCGACAAGGCCCAGCUGCAGUGGCUCCUAAAUCGCAAGUGGAAUAUUUCAUCCGAACUAGCAACUCAUCUGUCACGACUGGCGAGUCGUGGUAUUGCGGUGUUGACGAUCAAUCAAGCUCAUACAAAGAUUAAGGGCCAGCCGCGUGCAACACUGCAGCCAUUAUUAGCCGGUGGUGGAUGGGAAAGCAAUGUUCAGACGCGGAUUGCGAUGUAUCGCGAUCUCCCUGAUAAACGAUUUAUGGAAAUUACGAAAAGGGGCGGAAGGAUAUUUCCUGUACGGAUGGGAGAGAUGAUUAUUCCGUUCCGUAUUGAGACAGAUGGUCUUCGUGAAGUCGUUGAGGGAGUGGAGCGAAAGUCUCCAAUGCCUCCUCCGCCACGGGCUCAGGCUGAAGCUUUGCAUCAGACUCAGCCGACGCCGUGUCGGAAGCGUAAAGCAUCUGAUGAGAUUGCGGAUAGCCAGGAUGAAGACUCGGAUGAGGAGUAUGACUGA